AUGUGAAUAAAUUUCGCAGUAUCACACGUUUCCCGCGCAAUUACUUGUUACACUUGAUUACACGAAAGAAACAAUAGAACAAAUUGGUCUGUCGGUGAAAAUUAGUAGUUUAGUAACUACGUUGAUAGCAGCAGGUAGUAGUUAACUGUAGCAGUAAUUAUAUGAUCGUCUAUGGUUCGCGAAUUUGAUUAUCUUCGAUAUGUGGUCGUCAUCGGCAAUGGACACUAGUGUAAAUUCCGGGGGCGGAUUUCUCGACACCUCUCAAACGGAAGAAGCAAGUAGUGGGAAAGUCGAGAGGCUACAAAAUAUCGUUCCUCUCAUGAUAGAAGAUCUACUUACCGCUACUGACGUGAACGAACUAAAAGUAGGAAAUUUGCCUAUACGUACAUUUACGAUUGUCGCGAUAAUACGUAAUAUCGAAGAGACAGCCACGAAAAUAACUUAUGAAGUCGAGGAUCAAACAGGGUCUAUCACAGCUGUGAAAUGGAUUGAGGCAGAAAAAAAGAGUUCAAGCCCUCUGGGGACAGUCAAUGCCUACUUUCAUAUAUUUGGUUUGCUGAGAGAACAGAACGAUAAGAGGCACAUCCUAAUUUUGGGAAUGCACCCAUUAUGGAAUCUGAAUGCUCUGGUAACCCAUCUUCUCGAGGUCACGUACGUUUCGCUUCGAUCUCCAGAAGAAAUGUUUAUUCCAAAAUCUGAAAACUCAAUUUCCAAAGAUACUACUGGUAGUAUGAACAAAAGCACUGUUUCUAUGGUCAGUGAAGAUGCCAAUCUGUAUGGAAUGGAUGCAGAUCAAAUAUCCGUAUAUGAGACUAUUCGAAAGUAUAAUGAUACUGAGUCUGGUAUCAAGAGAGAUACUUUGAUAGCAGAGUUACCAAAAAACACAAAGAUGAGACUAAACGAGAUUUUGGAAUUCCUCACUUCCGAAGGACACAUUUAUACCACGUGCACAGAUGAUCACUUCAAAACAACUUAAACUAAAACUGUAUUAAUUGCCGUACACUACACUACAUUAAACUUGCAUUUUUUGUUAUUACUUAUUAAGCAUUAAAACUCUUUUGUAUAAAGAAAAAA